AGAAAAUAACGGCUCUAGGCGAGUGUGGGAGUAUUAAAACGCGAGGCAGGAGCGUGGGUGGUUGCUGCUGCUUGUGCGGAUCGCAGGGAGGAGGCGGAGGCGACUCUGGUCAGCAGUUCUGCCGGCCGAUGCAUGAGACGGCUUUUCUCUGGAGUUAGAGGUGAGGAAUGGAGGCGGCUGGCAGAGAGGAGCUGUCUCAGUGGGAGAAGAUGGAGCCGGCUGCUGGUGAAAGAGGCGGUGAGAAGGCAGAGAAGAUUUUUGUUUCGGUUCGACUGAGGCCUCUGAGUGAGAAGGAGGUGGCGGCCAAUGAUCCCUGUGAUUGGGAGUGCAUCAAUGAUACAACCAUCAUAUUCAGGAACAAUCUAUCUGAGCGGUCAAUGAGUCCAACAGCUUGCACAUUUGACAGAGUAUUUCGAAGUGAUUGCACCACCAAACAAGUGUAUGAGGAAGGGGCUAAAGAAGUUGCUCUUUCCGUAGUUAGCGGGAUUAAUUCUACUAUUUUUGCUUAUGGUCAAACAAGCAGCGGGAAAACAUACACAAUGACUGGCAUAACUGAGUACACUGCAUUAGACAUAUAUGAAUAUAUACUUAAGCAUCAUGAAAGAGCAUUUGUGCUGAAGUUUUCAGCAAUAGAGAUUUACAAUGAGGCUGUUAAAGAUCUGCUAAGUGCAGAUUCUGCUCCCCUUAGGCUUUUAGACGAUCCAGAGAAAGGAACAGUAAUUGAGAAACUUACAGAGGAAAUAUUAAAGGACUGGAACCACCUCAAGGCACUCAUUUCUGUGUGUGAAGCUCAGAGAAAGAUAGGGGAGACCACUCUAAAUGAAACAAGCUCCCGAUCUCAUCAAAUUCUCCGUUUGACCGUUGAAAGUUGUGCACGGGAGUUUCUGGGAAAAGACAACUCUAGCACACUUGUGGCUAGUGUGAAUUUUGUUGAUCUAGCAGGGAGUGAGCGUGCAUCUCAGGCACUUUCUGCUGGUACCAGGCUUAAAGAGGGUUGCCACAUAAAUCGAAGCUUGCUGACACUUGGAUCUGUUAUUCGCAAGCUGAGUAAGGGAAGAAAUGGGCACAUUCCCUAUCGGGAUUCAAAGCUCACACGGAUAUUGCAACCAUCAUUGGGGGGUAAUGCAAGGACUGCCAUUAUUUGCACAAUGAGUCCUGCAAGAAGCCAUAUCGAGCAAUCCAGAAACACUCUUCUGUUUGCAAGUUGUGCAAAAGAGGUUGCUACCAGUGCACAAGUGAAUAUAGUUAUGUCAGAUAAGGCAUUAGUUAAACAUUUGCAAAAAGAACUUGCAAGAUUGGAGAGUGAAAUGAGAUAUUCAGGAAUAUAUCCAAGUGCUGAAACAUUGCUGAGGGAAAAGGAUCUUCAUAUUAAAAAGCUGGAGAGUGAGGUAAAGAAGUUGGUCCAGCAACGAGAUAUGGCCCAGUCUCGACUGGAGGAUUUUCUGCAAGUUAUCCAAAAGGACCCUUCUUCAAGACAAUGGGAUGAGUCAAGCCAAACCCCAGCACUCAAUGGAACUUGUAUGUGUGAUGAUUUAUUUUCAACAUCUGAGCCUUCAGAUAUUGCUGAUCUUUGUAGUGAUUCUGGCCCCUCAAAAUGUGCGACUUCAUACAAUCAGUAUAAACAAACUGGAAACCAAUGUACUCCAUCACCAAGACACACAGUUAAAAAUCUCGAGUUCAUUGAGUCAAAUGACAAUCAAAGUGAAAAAGAGUUUGAGGAACUUUGUCAGGAUGUCCACUGCAUUGAAGUGAAUGGUGCACUUGUACACAAAGAUUCAGAGUCCAUGUCGGCAGAAGGAAGCAACAGUCUCCAACAGCUGAGCAUCACAACUCCUGAGCAUGAUGAUCUUAAUCAUGAACCUGAACAACAACCCAAUCAAGGAUUAACGAAUGCAGAUCCUGUCACACUGGAACAGCAUCUUCAGAAUGUAAAGAAGACACUUAUCAACCUCGUGAAGGUAUAUCCAGACGGAUCCUCUCCAAGUUCAACAUGGCAAGAUCAAAGCUUUAGAGGUGUUCCAUUAAGUAGAAGUAAAAGUUGUAGAGCAAGAAUGACUAGCUCUUCAAUUUGGUUCCAAGAAGUUAGUACACCACCUGAUAUAUCUCUGAAAGGAUUCCCUGGAAGGCCUGAGGGAGUACAAAAGAAACGACUUGCCUUGGACUUUGGAGAUAAUAGUAAAGAUCUAUCAGCAAGUGUAUCUCAAAUUUCUGUAGAUACCACACCAUUUAAUUUACAGAUAUUAAACUCAAAAGCUACUUCCAGUAUCAAGAUGGAUAGGUUGGUUGACGACACAGAAGUCAACGAGAUAGAUGAUGUUCAUUCUGGAAAAGAAUCCACUGAUGAUCAGAAAACUGGAAGGAAUUUGGUCCAAGAUUUUGAAGCUGAGGACCCUGAGAAGGAUCUCAAUUUGGCACCAACUCUAGAUCCACUGCAGUCUCCUUCUGAAUGGCCUAGGGAAUUUGAGAAGAAGCAACGAGAUAUCGUUGCACUUUGGCAUGAGUGUAAUGUUUCCUUAGUUCAUAGGACUUGCUUUUAUUUGCUAUUCACAGGCGAUCCAACAGACUCUAUUUACAUGGAAGUGGAAUUCAGGAGAUUAUCCUUUUUAAAGAGCACUUUUGCUCGGCAAAACAUUGAUGAAGCAUUAACUGUUGGUCAGAGUUCCACUUCCACAUCAAGUUUAAGAUUGCUUCGACGUGAAAGAGACAUGCUUUGCAAACAGAUGCAGAAGAGUUUGUCUGCAGUGGAAAGAGAGAACCUCUAUUGCAAGUGGGGAAUUGCAUUAGACUCAAAGCAGAGAAGAAUGCAGCUUGCUCGGCGCCUAUGGUCGGAACCCAAGGACCUAGAACAUGUUAGAGAGAGUGCAUCGAUUGUGGCAAGCUUGAUUGGACUUCUAGAGCAAGGGCAUGCUCUGAAAGAAAUGUUUGGCCUCACAUUCUCACCUCAAAAAUCUAAUCGAAAGUUCUAUAGUUGGAGACAUGGAUUGUCUUAUCGGAAGUAAAACGCCCAAGUAUCUUUUGCUCCUUGGUUUUUGAUUUCUGUUAAGAGUUGUAAUAUAUAGAUGCAGUUAACAACAGGUCAAUGGUAUUUGCUGCUAGUUCUUUCCGGUGAUGGCAGCAUUCCAUUGCAGUGAUGAUAACCAAAGUUAACAGCGAAAUGGUCUCUGUUUACUACGUCUUUUAUCUAGUUUUUUGUUUUGGAAUCUGAACGCUGACUGAUGUGCAUUGAAGUUAAUACUGAGUUUGUGUGUGCAA